AUGCGUUCAUUCACCAUCUCUGCUGUUGCCAUCCUUUCUUUAUUAGCUUCUGAAGUUGUUGCAACUCCUCCAGCUUGUUUAUUAGCCUGUGCUUCCCAAGUUGUCAAGAAAUCAAACAAAUGUAACACUUUAAACCAAGUCAGUUGUGUUUGUGAAAAUGAAGAAUCAGCAAUCAAACAAUGUUUAGAUUCUAUCUGUCCAAAUGGUCAAGCUGAUGAUGCUUACUCUUCAUUUGAAUCAUCUUGUAAAGAUGUUGGUGCCGAAGUCAAAUCAGGUUCAUCAUCUUCUUCUGCUUCAUCUUCAUCAAGCUCCUCUGCUUCAUCAUCUGCUUCAUCAUUUGCCUCAAGCUCUUCUGCUUCCUCUUCAUCAUCAUCAUCUGCUGCCCCAUCUUCUUCAUCAGUUGUCGAAUCAUCUUCAUCUGCUGUUGAAUCAUCAUCUUCAUCCUCAUCAGUUGCUCCAUCCUCUUCUGCUGCCCCAUCCUCUUCUGCUGCCCCAACUUCAUCUGCUGCUCCAGCUUCAACUGUUUCAUCAGUCAUCUCAUCUGCUUCAAGCACUCAUGCCGUUGCUACCCAAUCUGCUGAUGCCGGUUUGAUCUUAAACGCCCCAGUUGGUGCUUUAGUCGGUGCUGCUGCCUUUGGUUUACUUUUUUAA